AGAAUAAUGUGUGCUUUACGCAAGAACCAGUAACAUUUAUCGUAAGAAAAGAGUUGGAUUCGUCCUUUUGGAAAAAAGCUUCUUUUGGUUAAAGUCGGCUGCUCUUUUCAACAUGUCUUUAGCUGCGAAGAACGUAUUUUAUUCAGCUAAUUUCCUCAGAAGCUGUCAAUAUGUCCUAUCAAAUGCCACAAUACGAUCUAGUUCGUGGUGGUCACAUGUUGAAAUGGGUCCUCCUGAUCCUAUCUUGGGAGUAUCAGAGGCUUUCAAAAAAGAUACGAAUCCAAAAAAAAUAAACUUGGGUGUUGGUGCAUAUAGAGAUGACCAGGGAAAACCUUAUGUUUUACCUAGUGUUCGGAAGGCUGAAGAGAAAAUGUUGCAACAAAAAUUAGAUAAAGAAUAUACAACAAUAGCAGGUAUUGCAGAAUUCUGUCAAGCAGCUGCUAAAUUGGCUUUUGGUGAUAAUAGUAUUGUGAUAAAAGAAGGAUUGAAUGCUACUGCCCAAGGAAUAUCUGGAACGGGAUCAUUAACAAUUGGUGCAUACUUUCUGAGAGAUUUUUUCAAAGGAAAUAAAGAAAUUUAUAUGCCAACUCCUACUUGGGGUAAUCACAUUCCAUUGUUCAAACGUGCAGGAUUUGCUGUAAAACAAUACAGGUAUUAUGAUCCAAAAACAUGUGGCUUUGAUUUCAAUGGAGCACUACAAGAUAUAGCUAAAAUACCCGAACAAUCAGUUAUACUAUUGCAUGCUUGUGCACAUAAUCCAACUGGAGUUGAUCCUAAGCCAGAACAAUGGAAAGAAAUUUCUAAAAUUAUAAAAAACCGCAAUUUAUUUCCAUUCAUUGACAUGGCAUACCAAGGUUUUGCAUCAGGUGAUUGCGAUCGUGAUGCCAUGGCCCUACGUCAGUUUGUAGACGAUGGCCACCAAUUGGCUUUAGCCCAGUCAUUUGCUAAAAAUAUGGGAUUAUAUGGUGAAAGAGUGGGAGCUUUCAGCAUGGUUUGUGAAAAUAAAGACGAAGCUCAACGUGUAAUGUCACAAAUGAAAAUCAUCAUUCGGCCCACAUAUUCAAACCCUCCCAUUCAUGGUGCAAGAAUUGCAGCCAUGGUACUUAAUGAUCCAGAUUUAAGAAGAGAAUGGUUAAAAGAUGUAAAAGGGAUGGCAGACCGCAUAAUUGGCAUGAGGCAGAAAUUGAGAGACGGAUUGAAGCGAGAGGGAUCCACUCGUGAUUGGCAGCACAUUACCGAUCAAAUUGGAAUGUUUUGUUAUACGGGAAUGAAUCAGGAACAGGUUGAACGUCUUAUUAAAGAUUUUAGUGUUUAUCUAACAAAAGAUGGACGUAUAUCUGUAGCCGGAGUAUCCUCCAAUAAUGUAGACUAUUUAGCCCAUGCCAUGCAUCAAGUUACAAAAUAGUAAUAAAAUGUUUUUAAAAGUUUUCCUGAAAUUAGUAAUAAAAUAAUGGAAAUUAAUAUAUUGAAAAAUAUGAUUAAACAAGUUACGAUGUGUAUCAUAAUGUUUGCAAAUAUAGAAGAGCAUUUGUUUGUUGAAAGUAAACUAUUUUGUAGACAUUUGUAUUAAUAAAAUCAUGUUUUAUCAUUGUUA